AUGGCUUAUAAUGCUCUGAUAAAGUCGUUGGAGCCAGAAAAAGUAUCUCCAGUAUUCACGAAUGAUGAAUCAAGUGAAAAUAUUAAUGAAGACCUAGCUUUAGUAUGGUUUGAUCAGUAUAUGGAUGAAAUUGAAAAUCAAAGCGAUGUUGAAAUUACGAAAGGUUUAUUAAGACAAAUACAUCAUUAUGUUAUCUUUUUUACUGAACCAGAUGCAUGCAUCGAUUAUUUAAAAUCUAUUUCAAAAGAGAAAACAUUUUUGAUUAUAUCUGGAUCGUAUGCUAUUGAAUAUCUUGAUAAAAUACAUUCAAUGCAACAAGUUGAUUCUGUAUUUAUUUUCUGCCUAUAUCUAGAAAAAUAUUUAGGAUUAAAAGAAAAAUACUCAAAAGUAAUCGAUGUUUUUAAUCAACAACCAGAGCUAAUUGAUUCACUCUCGAAGAAUGUUGAAUUAGCUGUUAGACAAGCAAGCAUUUUUGGUUUAUUUGAUGGUAAAGAGCGUUCAACAAGAUAUUUAACACGAGAAGCGGGUUCAUUUCUUUGGUUUCAAUUGUUAACUGAUGUUUUAAGAAAUAUAACAAAAACCGACAAACAUAAUACGGGUAUUGAAGACAUGCUCAUGCAUUGUCAAGCUUAUUAUCGAGGAAAUCGUCUUGAAUUAAAAAAUAUUGAAGAAUUCAGAAAAAAAUAUAGACCAGAAGAUGCAAUCGUUUGGUAUAGUAAGCAAUCAUUUGUUUAUCGAUUAGUUAACAAAGCAUUACGUACAGAAGACAUCGAUGCUUUAUAUACAUUUCGUGUUUACAUAACUCAUCUACGGACUCAAAUUGCAAUUGAACAUCAAAAAUUACGUACAGCAGCUAGUACUUCAAAAACGAAGAUAAUUCGUUUAUAUCGUGGAUUGAAAUUAACAAAAAAUGAACUUCUCCAAAUGCGUGAUAAUGCUGGUUGUUUGAUAUCAAUGAAUGGAUUCUUUUCUACUAGUCGAGAUAUUGAACAAGCUGCUCGAUUUGCUACUAAAAAAUCUCAAAGAAAAGAGGUUGUUGGAGUUUUAUUAGAAAUAGGUGGAAAUAUUGUAUGGGAUAAAAUGAUUUUUGCUGACAUUGCUCAAUAUAGUGCUUUUCCAAAAGAACAAGAAGUUCUUUUUGAUUUAGCAACAGUAUUUAAAAUUGUUCAUGUCGAAUUUGAUGAAAGCAGAAAACUAUGGAUGAUGCAAUUAUCAGGCGUUGAUGAAUCAUCAAGUGCAGUUAAUAAAUAUAUUCAAAGUAUAGGAAGAGAAACUGAAGAGUCAAACUCGAUUUUAUUAUUUAGUCGAGUGAUGUGUGAUAUGGGCGAAUAUGAAAAAUCUGAGAAAUAUUUAAAACGUCUACUAUCAGAUUUACCAUCAAAUCAUGAUGAUACUUCAAAAAUCUAUUUUAAUCUUGGGCGUGUUUGUUAUCUUCGCGGUGAAUAUAAACAAUCUCUUGAAUACUUUGAAGAAGCGUUAGCUACACAAAAACGGGAAAUUCAUCCACACGAAUCAUCAUUAGAGAUCGCACGAACAUUGCAUAAUAUUGGAAACAUUUAUUUGGAUCAAAAGAAAGUAUCAACAGCAUUAGAAUACUACGAAAAAGCUUUAGAGAUGAAGCGUAAAAUACUUCAUGAUCAACCGAAGCAUCCAUCCAUAGCAACAUCCUUAACAGCAAUUGGGUCAGUUUAUAAAAAACGAGGAAAUUUAUCUCAAGCACUAGAGUUAUUGCAGCAUGCGUAUGCAAUGAAAAAACUUACACUAGCAGCAGACCAUCCGUCACUAGCUGAUUCACUAGACAAUCUUGGAACUAUUUACGAAGAAAUGAAUAAUCACGAGAAAGCAAUAGAAUGUUAUAAACAAGCAUUAAAAAUAAAAAAGCAAACUCUACCAACAGCACAUCCAUCAAUAAGUGCUACUUUGAACAAUAUGGGUAUUGUUUAUCGAAAAGAAGGAAACUAUGAUAAAUCCUUAUCAUGUUACACUCAAGCACUCGCAAUUGAACAAACAAAAUUGUCAUUGGAUAAUUUAGAUCUUGCUGAUACUUAUAACAAUUUAUGUACACUAUAUUGUGAACAAUCGUUCUACCAGAAAGCAUUGGAAAUGGCUCAAUUAAAAUUAAACAUAUUAAAAAAACAUUUUGAUGAUGAUGACGAACAAAUCCGACUAACGAAAGCACUUAUUGAUGAAAUAAGUGAAGAAAUAAGCCCACAAUCCGAUACAAAAGCAAUUGAUGAGGAUUCUCUUAGGACGUUUUUUUAA